AUGGCCGACGAUCCACCCACCAUGGACCCUACCAACGACUACCCCCUCACCCGCCGCUCCACCCUCUCCUCCACUACCUCCGCCCCACCCCCCGAAACCUGCCGCAUCUGCCGCUCCGAGCCCACCGCCACCGAACCGCUCUUCCACCCCUGCAAAUGCAACGGCAGCAUCCGCCACGUCCACCAAGAAUGCCUGAUGGAAUGGCUCUCGCACUCGCGCAAAACGCACUGCGAACUGUGCAAAACGGCGUUCCGGUUCACGAAGCUCUAUGACGCCGAUAUGCCUGCCACUUUACCGUGGGGAGUUUUUGUGCGGAGGGCGGGAUGGCAUGUCCUGCAAGGAGCGGGGAGGACGGGGAGAGGGGUGGUGGUGGCGGGGAUGUGGUUGGGGGUCGUGCCGUGGGUGGUGAGGUGGGUUUGGCGGUGGUUGUUCUGGUUGGCGGAUGCGGGGUGGGCGAAGGAGGGGUUUGUGGGGUGGAUGGGGGAGAGGUUGGAAGAGGAGGGUGCGUACAACGGCACGAGCUAUGUGGAUAGAAUGGGUCAGAUGGUGGGGAUGGUCACGCAGACUACAGAGCAGGACUCCGACUCCUUUCCCGCCCGCAUCGCGCGUUCGAUCUACUCCCUCGCCAGCCCUGCCGCUACUUCCAACGCCCACACGGACCUCUACGCCAACCCCACGACCAACUUCACCCAAACCCUCCCAACCACAGCUCCCUCCCUCCUAACCCCCUUCCCCCACCUCGCCCACCCCACCAGCUCCCCCCGCCUCAACGCCCUCCUCCUCGACAUCUUCGAAGGCCAACUCAUCACCUGCCUCAUCAUCACUGCCUUCAUCCUCAUCUUCCUGAUCCGCGAGUGGGUCGUGCAACAACCGAUCCUCAUGAACCUGCGCGCCGAGGACGCGGGGGUGGACGAAGGGAUGAUGGAGGAGUGGCAGGUGCGGUUAAGGGAGACGCAGGAGAGGGUGAGGGCGCAGAGAGAGGCGCUUGAGGAGACGAGGGGAAGGUUGGAGAGGUUGGGGGAGGGGACGGGGUUCGUGGGGUGGGAGAGGCUGGGAGAGGUGAUGGAUGAGGGGACGGAGUAUAUGAGGAUUGGUGAGGGGGAGGGCGGCGAGGUGGAGUACGCGCGGUUCGUCGCUGCUGCUAGGGAGUUUGUUGAGCAAGUCCGUGCUGCGAAGGCGCAGAGCGUGACUCCCGAAGAGAUCACGCGGAAGCUGGCUGAGAAGCUGAGCGCAUACGGCGUCGAAGAGCGGAGACGGUGGGAAGGUGUUUUGCUGGAGGAGUUUGCAAAACAGGCCGUUGCGCGACGGAAGAAAGAGUCUAGCAGCGCGGGAGGAGCUGACGCCAUAGCGCAGACGGUGGACGAAAGUGAUGAGUGGGUGGACAUGGACGAGGACGACAGCGAAGCGAGCACUGCACCUCGAAGGCGGCCGCGACUGCCUGAACGGGACUUCAUGGCGAGAGCGACGAGGGUGCAGCGGAGUCUUGUCGAGGCUGACGAGGAAACCGAAGACCAGGGACCUGCUAUCGGACCGUCGCCCGCGAACGUGCCGCGCUUACUGGACGUGACCAGUAUGCGUGACGAGGUCCGGCAGGAAAUGCUCGCUGCGUUCAUCUCGGACUCAUUCCGCCUUCCCGACGGUGAAGCUGCGGUGCCAGCACCGCCAUCUACAGCUCCGGCCCAGCAGCCGCCGGAGCGUACCGGCACGAACGACGGUGAUGGCAAUGAGAAUGCCUCGUCGAAGCCCACUCGCGCCUUUGAUCCGCUUCCCAUUACAAACGCUGGCCCGGAUGCGAAGGUCAAUAUUAAGAUCAGCGGGACGGGGAGGUUGACUGCUGUGCCGGAACCGAGAGAUGAGGAGGUCGUCGAGCGGGAGACGGAGGAGCUGGAGAAGCUUGAGAGGGAGAUUGCGGAGGAGGAUGGGGCUGUUGGGUCUUGGGAGGGUGCUGGGACCGACGCGGACUCUGCUGCUGCUGGUGCUGAUUCUGCUACUGCCGCAGAAGGCGAUGCAAACGCCAAUCCAGCUGCUGACCAAGCCAACACAAACAACAACCCCUUCCACCCCGCCGGCCGCAUGCCCCCCGAGCGCCGCAACAGCGAGAGCUUCGGCAACCGCGUCGCCAGCGUCUUCCGCGAAGAAUUCGGCUUCGAAGACGCAGGACACGAGUUCGACGAGCUCAGAGUCGCGAUCAAUCAACCCUUGCCUCCCGAGCGGGACGAGGGCGAGCCGGGCGUUGACGCUGAGCCCGAUGAAGUGCCUCGAAGAGUUGAAGUGAGAAAUGUCGGUUUGGUAGGAAGGAUCAGGGAUUGGUUCUGGGGCGAUAUCCGCGCGCCCGCAGCUGCCGUCGCACAACUUGCUCCACGCGUGGAAGAAGAACGAAGACAACGAGAAGUAGACCUAGAUGGUGAUCAAGCAGAAGCGCCCUUUGUCCCCGUCCGCGACGGCGAACCCGCGCCUCACGCGCACGCUCCUCAACCUCCCGUACAACCUCACGCACACGCUGCUCCACCUCCAGCCCAACCCCACGCAGACCACGAUCCGGAAGUCCUCGCCGCCGCACAAGCCGCCGGUCUCGACCCCGAAGCCAUCGAAGACGCCGAAGACCUCGAAGGGAUCUUCGAGCUGCUCGGCCUGCAGGGACCGAUCAUCGGGCUCUUCCAGACCUCGGCGUUUUGUCUUUUGCUGGUUUCGGCGACAGUGGGAGGGGCGGUCGUGGCGCCGUAUAUCUUCGGCAAAGUGGUGUUGAGUCUGGUGGGCAGUCCGGGGUACUUUUUGGUGCAGGUGCCGCUGAGGGCUGCGGGGGCGGGGGCGGAUUUUGUGGUUGAUGUGGGCGUUGUGGUGUUGAGUGGGUUGGGGAUGGUGGUGCAGUGGGUUGUGAGGGCGUUGGGGGUGGGGGUCACGAUGCCUGGGUUCAGUGCUGGUGUGGUGGAAAGACUUGCGGAGUUCUGGCUUGGUGCGUCGAAGAAUGCUGGAGCGAGACUGCAGGGCUUGCUGUCCAUCGAGCAAGGCCCUGAGGACGUGAUGUGGAGCUGGGCCAUCCUCGCCUGGAGCGUGCAUUCCCAUGCUUCACUCCGACAGAUUGGGGACGAAGUUGAUGCUAUCCUCAGCUACAUCAGCGCUGCCAUCACCUGGACCGUCGAAACCAUCUCCUCCGGCUCCGUCCUCACCGUCUGCACCCACACCCUCCGCAACUUCGCCCACAUCCCCGACUUCCCCCAUCACCUCCAUACCACCAGCAUCUACCUCCACACCACCACUGCUCCCCUCCUAACCUUUGUCAAAGACCUCUCCCACGGCUCAUUAAACUUCUCCCCACCCAGCAUCCCCUCUGACCCCACCCUCAUCCACUGGACCCCGACCGACCGCUUCCUCGCCAUCCUAACCGGCUAUGCCACCCUCGCCGCCCUCGCCGCAAUCUACGUCGCCCUCGACUCCCCCCUCACCCUCACCGAAGCCGGUCAACGCACCGAGAAAGCCGUCCGCGACGGCCUCCGACAGGCCGGGGGGGUGCUGAAAGUCAUCCUCAUCAUCAGCAUCGAGAUGCUCGUUUUCCCCUUGUACUGCGGAUUACUCCUGGACCUGGCAUUCCUCCCUUUGUUCCCCGGAGCGAGCGUCGCGACGCGCUGGGCCUUUGCGGGAGCGAAACCAUGGACGUUCUGCUUUGUGCAUUGGUUCGUGGGGACGUGCUAUAUGUUCCACUUCGCGCUGUUCGUGGGCAUGUGUCGCAAGAUCCUGCGAAAGGGCGUGUUGUGGUUCGUCCGCGACCCGGACGAUCCGACGUUCCAUCCUGUAAGAGAUGUGCUGGAACGGAACGUGGGCGUGCAGUUGAGGAAGAUUGCCUUCUCCGCAUUAGUCUACGGGGCUCUUGUGAUCUUGUGUUUGGGCGGUGUGGUGUGGACGGUUACGCAGCUGGGGGAGGGAGUGUUCCCCGUGCGCUGGGGGGCUACGGAGCCGGUGUUGGAGUUUCCGUUCAAUCUGUUUGUGUACAAUUUCGUCACGCCGCUUGUGCUGCGGGUGAUCAAGCCGACGGAGGCGGUGGGGGAGGUUUAUGGGUGGUGGUUGCGCAGGUGUGCCAGAGGGCUACGAUUGAGCCACUUUUUGUUCGGGCAGCGGAGGCGGGAAGAAGAGGGCGUCUCCCAGCACGAGAGCUGGAAGGAGAUGUUCGAGACUCUCUCAUCAAUCUGGUGGAAGGCGGAUGACGAUGCACGACCCGAAGCGAAGAAAUGGCAAGACCCUCGCUUCACCCCCAACGGCAAAUUCGUCCUCACGCCCUGCAACGACCAGUACCGCCCCCCGAAACCCGGUGAAGCCUUCCUCCACGUCCACGACGACGACGUCUUCAUCUCCGACCGCCACGGCCACAAAAACGACCAUUUCGCCCGCAUCUACGUGCCCCCGCUCUUUCGCGUGCGCGUGACGCUGUUUAUGGUGUGUCUGUGGCUCUUCUCCGCCGGGCUGGGACUGUGCGCUACCAUUCUUCCGCUGGUCAUCGGACGCAGGAUCCUUUCCGCCAUGUUGCCGGACGCUGCACGAGCGAACGAUCUCUACGCCUACUCCAUCGGCGCCUACCUCCUCUCCUGCCUGCUCUUCACAGCUUUGAAAGGCCGGCGCGGCGCGGCUUUCGUCAAGACGAAAGCGCGAUCCCUGAACGCCUGGGCGUGGAUCUCGCGCGCGCAGCGCCUGGCGGCGAGAAUCCUGCGAUGUUGCUACGUCUACGGCUUCCUCGGCAUCGUGAUCCCGACGGUGUUCGCGCUGGUGCUGCAGUUCUACCUCAUCCUGCCGCUGCAAACCUGGGCCGCUUCCGUCGCCUCCUCCUCCACUCCCAGCGCAGCCGGCGACGCCUCCACCGCGAACAACGCAACCUUGUCGCUCGCCCACUUCGCCAACCUCACCGCCUCGCCCACCGAGACCAACCCAUCUUUGUCGCCCUCAACCUUCCACAUCCUGCAAUCCUACGCCCUCGGCCUCGUCUACGCCCGCAUCGCUCUGCGCCUCAUCUUCACGGCGCCGGCCUCCCGCGCCGCAGAAGCGUUCCGUCGCAUCACAGCGCCGGGGUACUUCGACCCGGACGUCCGGCUCGCGACGCGGUUUGUGGUGUUGCCUGCUACGCUGUUCUCUUUGACUAUCCUGCUGGUUCCGGCGGUGGGGGCGAAAGUAGCGUUUACGAUAAUCACUUCCCUUCGUCUCGACGGCGGCGUACUGGCAGAAGAAGGGAGUGAGGAGCGGGUGAAAAUGUACCGCUACGCCUACCCGCUCGCCGCGUCAGCGGUGAUGCUCGUGCUCGCGUGCGGGGAAGUGCUAAAGGCGACGCGGAGGUGGAGGGCGAGGAUUCGGGAUGAGGUGUAUCUUGUGGGCGAGCGGUUGCAUAAUUUUGGGGAGAAGAGGCCGCCGGAGGGGACGGGGAGUGUGGUGCGCAGGGAGAGGUGA